AUGCCAAAAGAGCUACCCCCUUGGUUCGUACAGUAUAUUCAGGAUCAACAAAACCAAUUAAAAAAUGUUCAAGAGAAAGAACGUCUACGGAUUACGAACGAGCAGAAAAAGGCUGAGGAAGCUCGUUCACGGAUGGUGCGCAACGAUAAUAAACCUGGGAAAUCUCUUCCGCCGCUACUGGAAUACUACGGGGACUCAGACAAGCUUGAAGCUUGGUUGCAACAGGCACGGGCGAAGAUAGAGGUCGACUUCUACGGAUGCACGGAAUAUGUUAAAUUCUGGGCACUUAACGGAUCGUUACGGGGCAAAGCGCUCCGCAGGAUGGAAGCAUGGGUACGAGAACAAGCCAAGCCAGAACUUGCCAACGGCAACCACUUUCUAGACCGUGUGGAGUUCGUGUUCAGGGACCCGCAGGCGAAGGAACGAGCGCAACGGAAGAUGGAAGGCCUCCGCCAGGGCACAAGGCCAUUUUUAGAGGCCUUUAUAGAAUGGCAGGCCUUGCUGAUGGAAUCUGGAGGGGGAUCAUGGCCGGACGAUGCAAAAAAGGUGUCUCUCGACCGAAUUCUAAGCGACGAGCUGGUUAAGAUGAUGAUUACUGUCCCUUCCCAACCUGACUUUGAGUCUUACUGCUCUAUUAUCAAGGAAACAGACGACCGCUUAAGAGCUUAUAAAGCUCGAACACCCCGGGCCAAGAAUCACGCAAACUCAGGAACUCCACAGACCUACUGGAAACAACAUGCGGGUACUGGACAAGCGGGAACGAACAACGAAGUCAGUAACGGACCGAAAGUCACCCGUAGAGCGUCUGUGGAGUACAUGGAUUGGGAACCAGCACCUGCAAAAGUCUUGACAGCGAGUACUAAGCGUGCCAAAUGGGUGUCCCAGGAAGAACGAGGCAAUCGCUUUCGUACUGGCCGUUGUGUCCGCUGCGGAGCUACAGGUCACUUUGCUCAAGAAUGCCCUUACGGACCACCAAGACGGCCUGUAGCAGCAAAUACGGCCCGUAAACAGAAGGCAGAGUUCAAGGAAGUAGCUCCGGAAUUAGAAGAAGAAGAUGAGCUUUCCUCGGUCUCGGAAAACUAGCGGCUCCUGUCAGAAAGCGCAGACAGGAGCGGCGAAGAGAGUUGUUAGCAAUGGACACUUGGAGACAGUUUGAGCAGGAAUACAUGGAUGAAAAACCCCUUCUUGUAUCGGCUUUGGUGAAUGGAGUAGCUACUUCACAAGCCCUAGUAG